UCUACCAUGGUUAUUGUGUCAAUUUUUUUGACUAUUAUUUCAGCAUUUCAUACUCCUACAAAUGGUUUCGCAUUGACAUGACACGGUUUAUUUAUGUAUAAUUAGGUUUUACAACACAUUUUUAUUAUCGCUAUUGAGUGUCAAUAAAAGUAACACAAUUAGAGUGAACAGUUCAUUAUUUUGUCUAUUUAUCUAUAAUUCUAUAUGCAAACAAUUAAUUGUCUCCAUACUGAAUUAAUAAAAAAACUUGUUGAAAUUUUGAAAACAUUACGUGACGUAACCUUUGCCACCGCUGUCAACCCCUGGCCACCCUAACCUCAAUCCCCCUCAGUGUUGUCCUCCCAAUUUCAACAACUGAGAUGGUUUUUCGGCGUAUUUUUCAUCCCCAAGUGACUAUUUUUUUCCGAAAUUAUUGCGACAAGAAACAAUUCCAAUAUUUUAACCGAAACGGCGAUACCGGAAGUUCUCGGACCCUCACGUCUAAUCUUUUGCCUAAAGACGAUCGAAUUUUUAACGCAAUUGGGGCAACUGAAGAACUACUUAGUUACAUAGGCUUAGCUCGCGAACACGCCCAAGAAGUCGAACAUGAAUAUGCAGAUAAGCUCAAACGCAUUCAAACGAUCGUUAUAGAUUUAAGUACCGCGAUUUCACGCUCACAUGAUAUUUCUAAAAAGUUGAUACCGAAAAACUACACCAAGGAACUAGAAGACUGGAUUCACGAAUACUCAAAGGAACUGCCACCACCAGAGCAAUACAUUAUUCCGGGAGGAGGGGUGGCGAGUGCGUCGCUGCAUGUAGCACGGUCUAUAUGUCGCAGGACGGAACGCACAGUGGUGCCCCUGGUUAGAGAAGGGCGCCUGCAUGACGAAGCUCUGAUUUACUUGAAUAGAUUGGGUGAUUUUUUGUUUGUUGUGUCUAGAAUGGCUGCUAAGCUUGAUAAGAGAACUGAGUCAAUUUAUAUUCCCAAACCUGAUGAAAAAGUGCAAGCUCAAUAAUUAGUGUAGGUGUGUAUUUAUAUUUUGUAUAUACAUUGUUACUGACAAGUAGGAAGUUUACAGAGAUUUUAAUAAAAUUAAUUUACAAGC